AUGGCUUCCAUCAACAGCCGCGAAUGGAGGGAGGUGUGUGAGAAAUUUCGUGGCGCGCAGGAGCUUUCCGAAAAAGAGUCGAGAAAAGACCCGGAGAACGACCCUUUCCGCUCGAAGUAUAAAGCCAGAGAGCUGCUGAAGGAGAUUUACUGCUUUCUGAAGAAUGUCGACACGGAUGAGAGUGAUGAGGAGGAGCAGGGAGAAGAAGAGGACGGGCAGUGUGAGCAGAGCGAGUCCGAGGGAGGGGAGCUUGGGGGCAGGAGAACCCGCCCAGGAGACUCCCGGGCCGGCCUCAGAGCAGCCAAGCUCGGGGUGAUCGAGUACUAUUUGGGCGUGAACCACAUUGAAACAGAGGAGCUUUCCGCUGGCGAGGAGCAUCUGAUGAGCUGCAUGAAGCUGCUGGAGAAGUGUACAGUGACACGGGAGAACGUUUCUCUGUACAUCCAGGCCAGGAACCAGCUUGGGAUCCUGUGGGCCGGACGAGAUGAAACAGAGAAAGCUCAAGGCUUCUUGGAGACAGCCGAAUCCAUUUAUGUUCGCUACAUGAAAGAGGAUGGUCAGCCACCACUGGAUUUGGUGGAUUUCUUUGUGGCGGAGGAAGAGGCACCAUCCCAGCAAGAGAGAAUGAGGAGAUUUGAAAUGGUGUACACCCACACACUUUACUACCUGGCUCAAGUUUAUAAAAAUCUGGAGCAGUAUGAGAAAGCUGGACAGUACUGUCACAGUACACUGCAAAGACAGCUGAAAUUCAGUCAGUUUGUGCCACUUGAGUGGGCCAUCAAUGCUGCCACACUGUCACAGUACUAUAUCACAAAGACACGAUACAUGGAGGCACGACACUGCUUGGCUGCAGCUAAUGUUAUUGCUGGCCUUGCUGGAGAAGUCCCUUCAGAAGCUGCUGCCAAAGAAAGUGAAGUUGAAUAUGAAAAGCGUGAACAACUGCGUCAGAAAAGAGCUGAAAUUGCCAGAUGUUGGAUCAAAUAUUGCCGAAAUCUCUUAGAGGAUGCCAAAAAACUUCUGGAGGACAACAUUGGAGAACUAGACAUAGAUCGUCAGGAAGAGUUGCUGAGAGCACGCCAUGAUGAAGAAGAGGAAAAAGAGAGAGGAAGGAAGAGCGCUGUUCUCUUCGAUUCCAGCGACACCUUCGACUCGAUUUGCAGGCAAGAAGAGAAGGUGAGCUGUGUGUUCCCCCUGAUUUUCGAAGAAGCCUCUGCAAUCUUCCUGGUGGGUCAGGGCUACGUCGCCCAGGCCAAGGAGUAUUUCGAGAUGGAUGGUCACGUAACAGAUCACAUCGAGAUCCUUCAGGACCACAGCGCGCUCUUCAAGGUGUUGGCCUUUUUUGAGGAGCGCUUGGAGCGCCGCUGCAAGAUGCACAAGCGGCGUGUUGAUAUGCUGGAGCCUAUCUGCAAGGAUUUGAACCCUCAGUACUACCUGCUGAUCUGUCGACAGCUGCAGUUCGAACUUGCCGAAACCUUCAACGAAAUGAUGGACCUGAAGCUGGCGGUGGCUGAUAAGCAGGAUCAGCCAGACACGCACACCAUCAAGAAGUUAAACCACCUGUGUGCUGCGUCCAUCAAGUACUACCAGAUGUUCCUGGACUCCAUCCGUUCACCAGAAGGCAAGUUCCCCGAGAAGCUGGAGGAUGAUCUGCUGAGACCAGCGUUAGCGGCCAAGUUUCGUGUCGCUCGGCUACAGUCCAAGAUCAUCACCACCAACCUGAAUGCUCAGCUGGAGAAUCUCAACCACUCACUUGAGUCUUACAACUUUGUCGUGCAGUAUUGUGAGGAGCACCCAGAAGCCAAGAAAGCAGUGGAAACUGAACUGGAGCUCAGUGAAGAGAUGGUGUCCCUUCUACCCAUGAAGAUCAAUAGAAUAAAAUCCAAAAUAGCAUCCUCUAACUGACGUGCAGUAGUGAUGCUUGUCGUAAGUAUGACUGUUAUAAUUAGGGCUGCACAAUAUGAACAAAAUGAUACUGUUGCAAUUAUAUUGCUACAUAUUGAGAUAGAGAUGUACCUUACAAUAUAUUAUUAAUAUGUUUAAUGAGUUACGUGAUCUGAUACAUACCUUGAUUAAUCAAAACUCACUUAUCUGGAACUGUGAUUGGUCAGCACAUAGGAACAAACAUUGUGAUUCGAAACUAAUUUAUUGCAGGCUUCUUCUUUGCCACUAUUGUAAAGGUCAAUAUCGCUGUAACAAUUAAGAAACACUAUAUUGUGCAGCCUUAAUUAUAAUAUGUUCUUGAUGGCUGACAUUAAAAUAGAGUUACAUCUGCUUCACUUGCUACUACCACAGAUCAGAAUAAAAAACACUUAACAUUCUCUAUGUGAAAGACACCCCAACAUCCCAGCCUUAUUCACUUAUUCUUGUGCAAACCUGGGACCAGAUUAGCUUUGAGACGCCUUUGUUGUACUGCCUAAAGUCCUUGCUAAGCUGCAUGAUUUAAAAAUCACUAAUUUAUUUGAAAGUGCAAUGCCAUGUCAUGUUCUUGUUUACCUUGUCUGAGUUAAAGAUAUAAAUAAAGUUUAACUGUAAAUGUACUUCGCCUCCAAUAAAAUGCUGUUCUUCUCUUUA